AUGGAAACUCAAGCAUUCAAGGUCGAAGUUAAUACUACUUGCGUUAGGUAUCAAGAUCCGUGGAAAAGCGAGGUGUUAAUCAGUCUAAGUCGGCAAGUCGAGGAAUUUCUCUUAGACGAGAGCGACGGUAGUGUCUGGAGUCUCGGGUCUUACCCUUCUUCUUCUCCUCCCGACCCGUUAAUCUCUCUCGAGUUCCAAAAUCUCAGAUCAAAAAACGUCUUCGAACAUCUCCUUCACCAUCUCCACGACCCUCUCUUGUCUGGACUAGUUUAUGAUGAGAUUCUUGACCGAGCCCAAGGGAGAGACUUGUCACAGCGAUCCUUGUUCAUGAUGAUCGAAGCCAAAGUCACCCAGAAAGAGUACCUCGUCGUGCCUUCUUCUGUAUAUGCUCGUUCGACGGCAACAGUUGUUUUGGACCAAGAGCCCUGUGCGAUCUGUUUGGAAAACAUGUCGGAAUCGAAGACCAACCCCAUCUGCCAGUUGCCUAACUGUGCGCAUCUCUUUCAUGAACAUUGUCUGAACAAGUGGCUAGAUCGACAACAAAACGCAUGCCCUCUUUGUCGUCAAUCUGUCGACAUCUUAGCUUGA